AUGUGGACUUGGCAAAUAAAUCUGGCAAGUGGAGUGGUACAUUCACCUGGUGUGCUUUUGCUUACAACAAAUUUUAAUGUAGCAAAACAGAUCUACCCAGACCUCCCCACAGAUCAAAUUGGUGAACCAGAACUCAUAACUCAUAUUCAGCAAAUUUUACAUGACCAGCUCCAUCAUUCUGACUCCAGCUCAGAGGCCUCCAAGUCCACUGGCUCAUUCAGUGCCCUUCCUGAGCUAUAUGAAAAUAUAACUCUGUAUACAUCUGCUAUUGCCACCUUCUUCGCCCCAAGUGAUGUCUCAGGCAUCGGUGGUAUGUGCUAUGAGUGA